CAUUGGCUCACAGAGCACAUCUUACAUCUAGCGAUUUAUGUUGGCGAUAUCUAUGUCGUUAACAAGCUAACGCGGUAGCAAUGUCGGGAAUGGAGGCUUUAUCCAACGAUGCUGUGACAUUUAAAGAAGAUGACACGUCUAUUGUAGAGGCGGGAGACCACAUCGACGAUGACUUUGUCGGUCACCGAUAUAUGUUUUACAGAGAAAGGAAGGAGUGGGCUGAUUUGGAGCCUGUUCCUCAAGACGAUGGGCCAAACCCUGUAGUAAAGAUUGCCUAUUCAGAGCGGUUUGCUGAUGUUUUUGACUAUUUCCGUGCCUUAUUGAAGAAUGAUGAAAAGAGUGAACGUGCUUUCGCCUUGACAGCAGAUGCUAUUGAGCUGAAUGCUGCAAAUUACUCAGUGUGGCACUACAGGCGAGUAUUACUACAAGCAUUGUCCAAGGACUUGAGGGAAGAAAUGAGGUACAUUACAGCCAUCAUUGAGGAUCAACCUAAAAACUACCAAGUUUGGCAUCACAGACGUCUAGUAGUGGAGUGGUUAAAUGAUCCCUCGGAGGAGCUGGAAUUCAUUGCGGACAUCCUCAGCCAAGAUGCUAAAAACUAUCAUGCCUGGCAGCACAGACAGUGGGUUAUCCAGGAGUACAAACUGUGGGACAACGAGCUUGAAUUUGUGGAGAAUCUCUUGGAGGAAGAUGUAAGGAAUAAUUCUGCCUGGAACCAGAGACAUUUUGUCAUUUCGCAUACCACGGGCUUCUCCGACCAAGCUGUACUUGAGAAAGAGACUGAAUACUGUCUGACCCAGAUCAAAAAAGCCCCCCACAAUGAAAGUGCUUGGAACUAUUUGAAAGGGAUGCUUCAAGACAAGGGUUUAUCGUCUCAGCCUGGGAUGUUGGAGAAAGUCUUAGAGCUCAAGGAGACGCAUUGUUCCUCUUACCUUCUUGCAUUUCUCUUUGAUUGUUACGAGGAUGCUUUAGAGAAUGGCUGUCAAAAAGGAAAAGAGGAAGACCAGGUGGAAACCUUAAAAAGAGCGCUAGAAAUAUGUGAACUCUUAGCCCAUGAGAAAGAUACCAUCCGCAAAGAGUAUUGGCUUUUUUUGGGACGUUCAUUGAAGAACAAGUACGAAUCGAGUGAGCUAUUCGACUCUGAACUUCCAUCCCCGACGGCUGAGCAGCAGGAGACGAACUAGAAACUGGCCCACUCCACUCACUUGCACUCAUCGUGUCUUUUUGUCAUUACUGUACUUUUAGGUGUAUUGCUUUCAAAACCAUGAUAAAAUCAGUUCAGUGCCAUUAGGCUUCAGUCACAUUGUGUGUUUAUUUGUUGUUUGUACAAGGGUUGUUGGAAUCGAUUAUUUCAUUGAUUGCUUAGAUAAAAAAUAUAUUUUAAAUUAAGUUUGUUGCACUUUGGCUUCUUUAGUUGUGCUCCAGGUGUAAAAACAGCCCUCUAACACACGUAUUAGCACUCAGCCACAUGCCCCACGCUUGGGGAGCUCAUAAAUCGAUUCUCAUCGCCUCAUCCAGCUGUUUCCUUCAUUACAACAUGUUCUCCCCACUGGUUUCCUACCAAAUACUGCAGACUGCUUGGUACCGUCUGAUUACAGUAGCACUUCUGACCAUUUAGUACAAAAGUACACAUAGUCUGCAUGUAUAUGAAAUUGAAAUGCACUAUUCUUUAGAUACAGGACACAUUUGCUCUUUAAGACCUGCUCUAAUACUUUUAUCAAUAUUAUUGUUUACCUGUAGCGCUUCUCUAAAAUGUACUGAUAAUUUAUUUUUAUAGAAACUUUGGAGGGGUUGACCAUUAAGCAAUGACAUCUAUUCAUCCUUUUAAAGGUCCAGCUGAACAACUGCAGUGAUGGCGCUGGAGGGGGAGAAAUGCACUUUCCAUAUUAAUCUAGUUUCUGCAUCGUCUGCUUCCCCAGACCAAGUUGUCAAUGCCUACUGGUUGACUUCUAAUUGGCUUCAGUAUUUCCCGGCGUGAUUGAAUUAAAUAAUACUAAUGUUUAGUGGCCCAACACUGCUUAAGCUUGAAAUCUUUCUGUUCAAGUCUUCUUGAACGAGAGGGAAAAAAAAUCUAUUUGAUGAUGCAUACUUUCUUUAAGCUAAAUUUAAUAACUGAAACUGUUAAAAAGAGUGCGACCCUAAUGUCUCAACAAUUCAUUAUCAUUCUCAACUACAAACACAUUUAAUGUAUUUAGAAACAAAUCAUGGAAAUUACUUCGUAUGGUAUUUAAUGCUGCUCUGAUGGUCAGAAUGACCUUCAGAGACUUUGGUUCAUCAAAGGAAUGCUCAGUGGCACGGGCUUGGCCAGUCAUAAUGAGUGAUUUUUUUUUUUUUCCCCGUCACAGCCUAUUGCUGCUGGAAAGUCAUCUCUUUUAUGAGUGUGAAUGGGCCUUACACUGACAUACUAUAGAAGACGUACGGUACGCUGUACUCAUCCAAU